UUAUUUUAUAAAUAUAUUUGUAUUCAUAUGUCUACAUAUAAAUAUAAAUAAAAAAUGUCGAGGUUAAAUUAUCAGCCAAUAAGUGACAAAAGAUCGCAUAAACGCAAAAAUCUAAUAAAUGUAGGAAUUGCAAAUCCGAUCCAGAUAAUAACAACCUGUGGGAUCAUUUUACUCAUCCGGAUACUUUAUUCGCUCGAUGCACGCAAUUUUUAUGACACUUCUAACGACAUCUCAACGAUAUAUUAUUUCUUACACACAUCUGAGUGUCGCACACCCUACGUGGAUCCAUUCUCAACUGCUGCAUUCAAAUUAUUUAAUCCCGGCAAGCUAACUUAUGAGAAUUGCGCCAAUGAUAUUCCACUCAUUCAAUCGGUUUAUCUGAACCAAGCUCGGAAAUAUGUUUUACACAUGAAUAUGUCGGCAAUGGCGGGAAUUUCGAACGUGUCAAAUACCAAUAUUGAGAAUAUUCAUUGUUGUUAUCGUGAAAUAAGACGACCUGUAGGGGUGGUUACAAAUGAGGACAGAUAUAUAAUAUCUCCGUGCGUUAACUUUCCACAAGACUUUAUGGUGCCCCAACAUAUAGAUUUCAUGAUCACUGAGUGUUAUUUAAAUAAUAAUAAAACGAGCCUCAUACAAAAAGACGCAUUUUCGUUCGUACAACAAAAAAAUAACACCAACAACAACGAUAAUGCACCCAAAAGCAACUCAACUUUUGGCAGAAGGAAACCGAACAUAUUGCUCCUGGGCAUCGAUAGUGUUUCGCGUAUAAAUAUUCGUCGCACUAUGCCUCAGACGUUUAAAUAUAUGCAAAUGAACAAUUGGUUCGAAUUGCAAGGAUACAAUAAAAUCGCCGAUAAUACCUUUCCGAAUUUGAUGGCUCUGUUAUCAUCGUACAAUUUAUCCACCGCUGAAGACAAAUGUCGAGCCGAAACAGUUGGCGGUUUGAAUAGACCUGAAUGUAAUUUCAUUUGGAAUAAAUUCAAAGAAAAUGGCUAUAAAACAGCAUAUGCUGAAGAUUCUAUUGGUCUUAGCACAUUCAAUUAUGGAAGAAAAGGUUUCCUCCAACAGCCAACCGAUUAUUAUAUACGCCCCAUGUUGUUGGCUAUUUCAUCAAAAAUGGCAAAAAAGAGACUUAGAGGUGGAGUUACAUGUAUUGGGCGCAAACAUCAAGCCGAAUACAUAUAUGAUUUUGCAUUACAAUUUGCCAACAGUAUUACAACUGAACCGUUCUUUGGACUAUUCUGGACAAACUCAUUUAGUCAUGAGUACUUCGACUUACCACUAACAAUGGAUGUGAAAAUAUUAGAAUAUCUCAAGCACAUGAAAAGUAAUGGCAUUUUGGAUAGUUCGAUUGUAAUAUUUUUUUCUGAUCAUGGUAUGCGUUGGGGUCCCUUGCUACAGUUGAACUCUGGUUUCUUCGAAGAACGGUUGCCAAUGAUGUUUAUCUCAAUACCAGCCUGGUUUCAAUAUGAAUAUCCAGAGUUCGUGAAAUCCUUAAAAUUAAAUCGUUAUCGUUUAACCUCACCAUAUGAUAUUUAUGCCACUAUGGGGCAUGUAAUUGAGCUAGGUAAUCCACAAAAGCAAUUUCUCUAUGCGAAUGACACAAUAAAGGGUUUAAGUAUUUUUCGAGAAAUACCGGAGAAUCGUACUUGCUAUGACGCUGAAAUACCAGAGCACUGGUGUGCUUGUUCACCAUACGAAACUAUCUCAUCAAGUGACUCGACUGCGAGAAGCAUAGUCUUUAUGGUGAUUGAUGAGAUAAAUCGUUAUCUUUUCGGUAAAAAUAUUAGCGAUAAAUGCAGCCAACUGUUUUUAGAUAAAUUGAAAGAAGUACAAUCAAAAAUAUAUAAUCCACCAAAUCAGACUACGUACCGUUUAACAUUCGAUGCGAAGCCGAAAAGGGCAAGUUUUCAAGCAACAGCAAUUUAUUAUAAAAUUUCUAAUACAAUUAAGACGGUAGUCGAGGAUAUAUCGCGCCUAGACUCUUAUGUACCCACUUCAGGAUGCCUUAAAUUAAAGGAGGCUCGGAAAUAUUGCAUUUGUAAAGACAAGGAUGGUAUCAAAUAAACCUAAAUGCAUACUUAUAUAGAUAAAAACGAAGUAUGCAGAGAUUGUUGUCUCUUCCGGUUAUGUAUUUAUUAUUAGACAAUGUUAAAUUUAAAAUAUACUUUUCCAACG